AUGUCAUUCUCGUUUUGCGUGAGCUGUCGUUUUCCUUUCGCUCAGUCUCGAACACCCAACCCACAAACGACUUUUCGUUCCCACCGAGACGUAAAAGUCCGCUCGAAUACUAAUCAUCGACUGCUGGAACGAGACGUCUUGUGGUCAGGAGGAGGUUCUGGCGCGAUAAAAGCCAUCGACGAGAGCAUCAUGUUAAGAUUCCAGAGCGAUUGGAGCGCAACAGACGCCUCUAGCGCGGUUUCUUUUUUAAGCAACAGAUGGAGAGUUGCUUUAGAGAUAUUUAGGUACGAACGCGCGAGAGUAGGAUUAGACGAGGACCGAUGGUUUCUAGGAUGGCACGAAAAGAAAAGCUACGUGGGCAAAACGUAUUUAAACGAAGAAGACGAGAUGGGUCCAGCGAGAGGUGAGAUUUACGUAUCUAAAUACGCGCUAUUAGACGACGAUUUUUCAACCUUCAUCGGCGUUUUAAGGCACGAGUUGGCGCACGCCAUGUGCGGGCCGUUAGAAGAUCACGGCUGGAAGUGGCAGAAAGCGUGCAAAGCGAUCGAGUGCGACGAAGAGUGGGUGUGCGAGGCGAAUAGAAAGUUUUACGUUCGACCGAAAACGAGUUUGAUGUGGACGAAAAGAGACGGACAAUUGUUUCUGGAAGGCGGGAAGGACGCGAUGUUUCGGGCGUUGCCGAGAGGAUGCUGGGAACGCACGAUUUACGAUAGCGAGUCGAAUAGGACGGUGUACGAGAACGCUGACGGCUUGAAGAUUGACCCAUUCGCGUUGAAAGAGACGUACGAGAUUCUGUAG